AAACACAAAAGCACCACAAUUAUAUAUUCACAAAAGCAUCACAAUUAUAAUAUCAUUCACAAGGCACCCUGAGCGUUGAACACUUGGACCACAAAACAAGAGUCUCAUAUUAAUUAUAGUAUGAACUAUGAGCAAAGUAAAUUUCUAAUAGCUAUAGAAAAAAUGAAAGAUAAACUGGGCCAAUAUCCAUCUAAUAAGCCAAUCAAUAUCACUCUGAUCACUUAGAUAUGAUGAGUGCAUGCUCUAUAUCUUGCACAAUACUUUUAGACGGUCCCUCUCUCUUUGACAUGAGCCUCCUUCUCAGCUUCAACAUAAAUAUAAUUUUUAGAUGAUCCAAUGCCACAACUGACUUUAUCCGAAGGUUUGACUUAUCGAUGAUUUUUUUGCAUUAGACAAAUUUGCAGUCUCUCUCAUGUUCAAUCUGAAGUCAGAAUAAGCGCUAGUAGAGCUGAAGUAGGCCAAUAAACAUCCAAGAAAUUUAAUAAGAUAAAUCUUGAGCAUACCUCACAUUUGACCAUCCAUAUAAAUAUAAUUUUUAGAUGAUCCAAUGCUAUGAUUGACUUUAUCUCUACUCCUUGUUGGUUGAAUUGUACCUUUUGUCUUCACUAGUCAAGAAAGAAUCCCACUAUUCAGAAGCAUUUUGGCAUGAACGACAUGAACGUGUUGGGCUUGGGAGCAACCUCGAAUCGGGAGGGGUCGAACUUGUCCGGGUAGGGGAAGUGGUCGGGGAUGUGGUGGAUGUUCCGAAACAGGGGCAACACCUUCCAGCCCUUGGGGAUCAGGUACCCUGCAGCCAGCCAGCACAUGCACAGCGAUGAUAGGGAUAGGGACAAGGAGCUCCAUUUCGGUUAGGAUUAGGAAGCCGUCCCCCCCCGUCCAGUUCAUCCGCAACGCACGACAGGGACAGGGACAAGGAGCUCCAAUCCAACGUGAAACGGUGGCGGUGCGCGGGGCCGUGACGCGACGUCUCACCUUGGUACUCCACGGCCUCCCGGAAGGUGAAGGACAGGAUGGACGCCACCCGCAUCGUCUCCUGGAUCGCACGGCUCGUCACGUGCAUCCGCCUGGUGUCCGCCCACGUCAGGGGCUCAUCGCCGGAGGAGCCCUUGGACCGAGCGAUCUCCUGCUGCUCCUCGAUGAUCGACCUGGGCAGCAGCUUCUGGGAUGAAGACGAGAAGGCGGCUGUGGGGGGGAAGGAAACGGCGGUCAGGUACAUCGAAGCGGCCACUGGAACUGAG